GGGUGGCUUUGAGUGACAGGCGGCGGCCGGGCCAGCGUUCCAUUCCGCGGCGAUGUUCCGAGGCUGCAGGAGCAGCUUUGCAGCGGCCGCUGCCCCCGUGUUCAGAAGAGCAUGCAUUCACUGCACCCUCGCUGACACAUGCAGCCCCCAGCCGGCACCCACCCCUGCACCUGGCCGGCUGCCUGCUGAGGCCUCACCCGAUCUGGGAUCCACGAGCCGGUUUGCUUCCCGGCCCCUGCCCUUCUCGGCGUUCCUGACGGACGCAUUUGGGAGGCAGCACAACUAUCUGAGGAUCUCGCUGACGGAAAAGUGCAACCUGCGAUGUCAGUACUGCAUGCCUGAAGAUGGGGUUCAGCUCACCCCCAGAUCGCAGCUGCUGACGGCCGAGGAGAUCGUCACCCUGGCGCGCCUCUUCGUCAGGGAGGGGGUGGACAAGAUCCGACUGACCGGCGGGGAACCCCUUAUCCGGCCUGACGUACAGCACAUCGUGGGCCGCCUGCGGCAGCUGGAGAACCUGAAAACCAUCGCGGUGACCACUAACGGCAUCAACUUGGCCAAACUGCUGCCCGGCCUGAAGACAGCGGGACUGGACCUGCUCAACGUCAGCCUGGACACCCUGGUACCCGCCAAGUUCGAGUUCAUCGCCCGAAGGAGAGGCUUCCACAAGGUGAUCGAGGGCAUCGACAAAGCGAUCGACUUGGGCUACGACCCCGUCAAGGUGAACUGUGUGGUGAUGAGGGGUGUGAAUGAGGAUGAGCUGCUGGACUUUGUGGAGUUCACCGCCACAAAGCCUGUGGACGUGCGGUUCAUCGAGUACAUGCCGUUUGAUGGCAACAAGUGGAACUUCAAGAAGAUGGUGAGCUACCAGGAGAUGCUGAGUGUCAUCAGGCAGAGGUGGCCUGAGCUGCAGAAUUUGCCUUCGGAAGAUUCCGGAACUGCUAAGGCCUACAAAGUUCCAGGUUUCCGGGGCCAGAUCGGGUUCAUCACCUCCAUGUCGGAACAUUUCUGCGGCUCGUGCAACCGUUUGCGACUCACCGCGGACGGCAACUUGAAGGUCUGCCUCUUCGGGAAUACCGAGGUGUCACUGCGGGACGUGAUGCGUUCGGGAGCCACGGAGGAGGAGCUCCUGGAGAUCGUGGGGGCGGCGGUGGGCAGGAAGAAGAAGCAACACGCAGGGAUGUUCAACAUAUCACAGAUGAAGAACCGUCCGAUGAUUCUGAUCGAGGGAGAGGUUGCUGCAUCCGCCGUGAAGCCGACUGUUCCUGUUCCCGAGGGAAGAGUUUUCCGGAAGGCAGUGCUCCCGGGACGGGUUGUGCCGCUACCUCUGGGCGGUGUGGAGGGGUGGGCGGCGGGCCGGGGGGUCCGGGCCUACGUCGUCGCCCCCGGCAACGGGGGUCGGGCCGAGGACUCUGCCAAGCAAGGCCCGGCAGAGCCCGAGGGCCUGACGCACUUGGACGGGCGAGGGAUGGCAGUCAUGGUGGACGUGGGCGGGAAGCCGGACUCCCUGCGCACGGCGGUCGCCCGGGCGACGGUGCGGCUGGGCGAGAGGGCCUUCGGCCUACUGCGUGAGGGGGCGCUGAAGAAAGGGGACGCGCUGUGCACCGCCCGGCUGGCUGGCAUCUCGGCUGCCAAGAUGACCCCUCACCUGAUCCCCCUCUGCCACCCCGUGCCCCUCCAUCGGGUGGACGUGUGCCUGGACCUCGACCCGGCCCGCCUGGCGGUGGUGGUCACGGCAACCUGCGCCGCCCAUGGCAAGACGGGGGUGGAGAUGGAGGCCCUGGUGGCCACCAGCAUGGCUGCCCUCACCCUCUACGACAUGUGCAAGGCUGUCAGCCACGACAUCGUGCUGGAGGACAUCAGGCUGGUGAGCAAGACCGGCGGGCAGCGAGGAGACUUCCAUCGCCCGGGCAAGGACCCGUCCAACACACCUUAACCCUCCCCCUUCUUCAGGCCUCCUCUCCACUAGCGCCCAUUGCUUCAUCAUUAGGGUCACUCAGCACUCAAAUAGGCCCUUCAGCCCGACUCACCCACGCCAACCAACAUGCCCCAUCUACGCUAGUACCAUUGAGUCAUUGAGUCACAGCAGGGAAACAGGCCCUUCGGCCCAACU